AUGCUCUCCUCCCGCCCGCAGUCCCUCCUGAAGCGCUUUUGGCUCACCACACUCCGUCCGACCGCAGUCCCAGCCUUCCUUCCAAUGGCACAGCAGGCGCAGCAGGCGUCCACGUCGGGCCGCACCGCCCUGCGCGUCCCCGGCCCGGUCGAGACGGCGAUGCAGAAGAAGCUCAUGGACGCCUUCCAGCCGCAGCUGAUCCGCAUCUCGAACGACUCGUCCAAGCACUCGCACCACGCACCAAUGGUCGCUGUCGGCGGCGGCAAUGGCGAGACCCACUUCGCGGUCGCCAUUGUCUCAGCGGCGUUUGAGGGCAAGACGCAGAUUGCGCGUCACCGCCUCGUCAACGGGCUGCUCAAGGACGAGUUCGACAUGGGCCUGCACGCGCUCUCGCUGCGCCUCAAGACGCCAGCCGAGUGGGAGAAGACGGACGGUGCUCAGGCGGCAUAG